UUUUAAUUUCGUUUCAGAAAGUAUGUAGCUAGCUUUAAUAUAAAAGUUUUAGUAAUUCAUAAGCUCAGGCGCCAAGAAAAGUACUCACAAAUGGGAGAAGCUGAGAAAGCACGUUGUUAUCCACCACUGAUAUGCCAUAUACAAAAAGCUUUUCUUUGGUUGCUUAUGUUAGUACUUCGAAUUGGUUAUGGACUUAUUAGAAUAGUGUUACGCUUUGUUGUUGUACUAGUGAUAUCUAAUAUUAUAGCAUACUUUAUUUUCUCAUCUAUUGAAGAGGAGCAGCGAACGCAACAGCCAAAGCAAGUGAAGCCAGCAGUAAUCCAAGCAGUAAGUUCCCGGCUUGAAGUGCGCAUAGCACUUCCGCAAGCGCCACCACAGAAGCAACAACGAACUGCACAACAGUAUCGUUCGCCAGGACCUCAACCUAAUCUUAAUACAGGAAUAAGACCCGAUCCAACGAAUGAAGACGUAGAUUCUUGGGAAGAAAAGGCUGUUAUUCCAGACGAAGGGGAAGAUUGAAUACAGCCGAAGAAAGUCGUGAUCUCUAGCUUAAAAGAAAUCUCCUUAAAAAAAAUAGAUCUAUAUCGAUAUAUGAGUGCAAUAUAUUAAGCUUGGCUUAAAACCUGGCUAAAAAAUUUCUAUCGAAUUUGCUAAUAUAACAGUUCAGCCUUGAGCAUGGUUCGAUGGUUUUCUAAAUAUGUAGUAAUUUUUGGAAAUACUUUGUAUAACUUUAGGAAGUAUAUUUUUAAAUUGUAAUUAGAAUUUUAGUCAAAAUCAAAAGCAGCAUAUAAUUCUAUAACUUAUAUACACAUUCAUUUUCAUUUUGUUAAAAUUAAUUUGUCCGAAACUAAUGAGAACAAAAUUAUACUAACCGAUUUCGUUUAACCAAA